AUGUGGUUAGGUGGCAAAAUGGAAAACCUGAAGAACACAGAGGUUGGACAAGAUGCCAAUUUGAGAGAGUAAUCCACUUAGUGAUUUAUUUAGCCUGUCCUGUAACAGAGCUGUGCUUUGGCAGUGCCUGGUGGCCCCUGUUGCAUUACUGUUGCUCUUGGGUUACAAGGAAGUCUUAGUUUGUUCAAACACAUUUAUCCUGGGUACCUGGAUCUUUCAGGUUAAGGGCACAAGGGUCUUUCAUUUUUUAAGGACACAACAUAUGUUUUGCAUGUUUGUCUUAUGCAUACAUAAUUUAUGAUUGUUAUAGAAUGCACGAGUGCCACACCCUACCCCCUUUGACAUUUUAAAUGUUAACAGUGUCCUUCCCAUUUAUAUGCCAGGUUUCAUUGUAGUGUAAAUUGCUCAGAGUAGAGAGCAAGAACCAAAUCUAAAGAUUCAAAAUAGUCAGGGUGACUAUUUUGCCAGACUAAACUGUUGCUGAAGAACAAAGUAAAUGUUAAUUAAAUGUUUAUCACAGUAGUCAUGCCACUGUGACUAAAUAUGUUUUUUUGGUGUUCAGAAAUUGACGAAUCGCACAGACGUGUUGGACAAGGCACACCUUUCUCCGGAUGACAAAGCCAAAACAAAGGCCUUAUUAGACCUACACAAUGCUAUCCAGGAGAGUGAAGACAAUGAAGAGGGGGGCAGUGAUCCACCACCCAGGUACAUCAGGCCACUAUGCUCAGAGAGGUCAAAGUUAAGAAAACAUCAAUGCUGUUCUUGA